AUGACAACGGUGCGACCCUUUCAAGCUCGAGACCUAUUCGCUUUCAACAAUGUUAACAUGGACCACUGGACUGAGACAUACAGCAAUGGGUUUUAUCUUUCAUAUCUUGCUCAAUGGCCAGAUAUGACGCUAACAGCGUGCGCCGCACAUACCGGAACAAUUAUGGGCUACGUCUUGGGGAAGGCUGAGGGUCGUGAGCCUAGCACAGACAAGCGAAAAAGGUUUGAAGAGCCAACGCUACACGGACAUGUGACUGCUGUGACUGUCGCACCUGAGUACCGCCGCCUGGGCGUGGCCCAAAUGCUCAUGGACUUUUUCGAGCUCGUGUCGGAGCAUGUAUACCACGGAUUCUUUGUGGAUCUAUUUGUGCGCCCAUCCAACGAAAAGGCUAUUGGUAUGUACGAGAAGCGGGGAUACUCUGUGUACCGACGCGUGCAUGCCUACUACCAGUCGGCUUCCCUCGGAGCUGCCGAAGAUGGUUUCGCGGGCGACAGUGCGCAGCCAUGGUCGACAGGUGGUGGUCCAGCCGCAGUACGUGUGCGACCUCUCUUACAUGACAGUCAAACUAUCUUUGAUCCCAUUGUUCACAGAGGUGUAUAG